AUGAAAGUGAGUAUAAAAGAUUACAUGCAGAAAUACGAAAAGAAACACGGCGAGCAAAAGAAGAAUGGUACAAGUGGGACGUUUCACAAGGAACAAUGCUCUGAAAUUGAGAGUUAUGAAACAAGACAUGAUAGUUUCAACUUACACAAAAAAGUUAAAGAUUUAGCUGGACUUAAUAAAAAGAAAAGUACAAGUUUAUUGUUAGAUAAAAAUGACAAAAUAAUUCCUGAUGUUAAAGGUAAACUGGACAGGUGGACAGAAUAUGUCAAGGAACUAUUUGAAGAUACAAGAAAAGAUCAAAAAUUUUAUGAUAACAUGAUCGGAGAACGAGGACCAAGCAUAUCGAAAGAAGAAAUAUUACAUGUUAUCAACAAAUCAAAGACAGGAAAAGCCCCUGGACCGGAUAAGAUACCAAAUGACAUCCUGAAACUCAUAGGAAUAGACCAUAUAGAUAUAUUUGUACAAUUGUUUAAUGAUAUUUAUAAUUCGGGAAGUAUUCCUAGGGAUAGGUUGACAUCUACCUUUGUUACAUUACCCAAAAAGGCUAAUGCCAAAACUUGUUAG